AUGGUUCGUCGUCGUAUGGCUGCUCCCAAGCCUUCUGCUCCAGUACAUCGUCGUAUGCCUUCGCCGGUAGGUGCACGUAUGCCACCGGCGGCACCAAUGCAGGCACGCCCGCCAGUGACUCCAAAUUCUGCACCAAAUCAGCAUUUCGGUAUUGCACCUCCAUCUCAAGGACCUGGACUGAUGGGUCAAAUGGCAGCAACCGCUGGUGGUGUUGCUAUAGGUUCUGCAGUCGGUCAUGCUGUUGGUAACAUGCUUACUGGGGGCAGCGGAAACCGUGAUGAAGUUGUUUCAUCUGAGAAGCAGUAUCAAAAUCAGCAGAUGUUGGAUCAGCAACAAUAUAAACAUCCGUGUGAAUUUGAAUGGAAACAAUUUGUUGAAUGGUGA